AUGAUGAAAGAUAAUGAAAAGAAUGAGUAUGGAACCUUUCCAAUAACAAUAAAUGAUGCAUAUUCUGAUAAAUUAAAAGAUAAGAAAUAUAAAGGUAAAGAUAUAUAUUCUACCUUUUAUGAUAAAGUUAAAUUAAUAUUUUUAUUAAUAACAUGGUAUGCAUUAAAUGUACUAUAUAAUGUUGAUAACAAAAGGGCGUUAAAUAUGAUAAAGUUACCUUGGUUAAUUAGUUGUAUACAAUUAUUUGUCGGAUGGAUAUUUAUAUUUAUUUAUUGGAUAAGUGGAUAUAAAAAAGUACCAAAAAUAUAUUCAUAUGAUUUAUUUUUAAAAAAUAUUUUAAUUCAAAGUGUGUGUCACAUAUUAGUUCAUUUUGGAGCAGUUAUGUCAAUGUCUCAAACAAGUGUUUCCUUUACUCAUGUUGUUAAGGCGUGCGAGCCAGUAUUUACAGCUAUUUUAUCAAUUUUACUUUUAAAACAAUACAUGAAACUUAAUAAAUAUAUAUCAUUAUUAGUUAUUGUUAGUGGGGUUGUGUGUGCUUCUGUUAAGGAAUUACAUUUUACUUGGAUAUCUUUUUGGUGUGCAACUAUCUCAAAUUUUGGUUCUUCUAUGAGAUCUAUUUAUGCUAAGAAAAUGAUGACUCAGAAAUCAUCAAUAGGGGAAAAUUUGAAUGCUUCAAAUAUAUACUCUUUAAUUACUAUUUUUUCUGCCUUAAUCUCAUUACCAUUAGUUUUAAUAUUUGAAGGAAGAUCUGCCUAUAGUUUUUUAACAAAUUACCAAAGUACUCAAUCUAUUCAUUCAUUUCGUGAUAUUGUUGUAAAGAUAUUUUUAAGUGGAAUGUGGUAUUACUUAAAUAAUGAAGUUGCGUUUAUGUGUUUAGAAAAAAUUAACCAAAUUACUCAUGCUGUUGCAAACUCAGUUAAAAGAGUUGUUAUAAUUGUAUCUUCAAUCAUUAUUUUUAAAACACAAAUAACCUUAUUAGGUGCUGUUGGAUCAGCUGUUGCCAUAUUUGGCACAUUUUUAUAUUCUAUUUUUUAA